GGCGCCUGAGAGAGAGAGUAACGGAACACAGGAGCAAAGGUUCCCAGAGAGAUUUGCGCGCGGUCACGUGAGCACGGCCGGACGGUAAUGGCGGCCCCCUGGUUCCUGCUCCUGCUGCUGGCGGCACCGGACGCGAUCCAGGGGAGCGGCUGCCGGGCCAACGCUCGGGGGGCUGCGGCUGAAGGCUGUGGGCCCACAGGACUUCUGCUGGAGCACUCCUUCGAGACAGAUGACAGCGUCCACUUUCGGAAACGGGGCUCCCUGACGUGGAACGUGCAGGACGGGACGAUCACCCUGACCCAGAGGCAGCUGACCGAGGACGAACGGGGCCGACUAAGGGACGUGGCGGCUCUGAAUGGCCUGUACAGGGUCAGGGUCCCCCGGAAGCCAGGGACCGCCGAAGGUCUGGCCUCAGCCGGCUACGUCUCCUCUUUCGUCCCUGCGUGCUCCCUGGUCGAGUCCCACCUGUCUGACCGGCUGACCCUGCACGUGGAUGUCGCUGGCAACGUGGUGGGCCUGUCCGUGGUGACCGAGCCUGGGGGCUGCCACGGCCACGAGGUGGAGGAGGUCGACCUGGAGCUGUUCAACACCACCGUCCAGCUGCAGCCCCCCCUCACGGCCCCUGGCCCAGAGACGGCCGCCUUCAUUGAGAGGUUGGAGAUGGAGCAGGCCCAGAAGGCCAAAAACCCCCAGGAACAGAAGUCCUUCUUUGCUAAAUAUCCGAAGCCGCCUUUGGUCUCCCACGAGGGCGCCAGCCUUGAAGCUCAUCUGUUCAGUGUGACCUUUGAGGAGUGGCAGAGGGAGAACGGAGAGGGCCAGAGCCUGGGGGGUGUGGAGGGUCCCAGGGUGUUGUAA